AUGACAUCGUCUUCCGACCUCCAACAACAGGACCUUGUUGUGUUCGAAGACCGCUCGAUUCUACCGAAAUCAAACCCAGAACACAACUACUGCACACUGGUACUUUAUAAGGCCUCUACGCGGCCCACAUGGCUCAACGUAGCGCUUGUGGAAAACUCGCUUUUUGGCACCUGCUACGUCAACAAGACGCCCGUUUCCGACCGCUCGACUGCUCCAGUCGUAUUUGCGUCGCUUAGUACCGAUGAGACAACAUACCGCAAACAAAUGGCACGGCUGAAGGGCGAUCUGGCUGGCUUCAAAUACGUUGACCUCUUCAACAGCUACCAGGACUGGUAUACCAAGAUCUUGCUUGAGGUGGACCGACAGAGCAAACUGGGCAAGCCAAACGUGUUCAUCGAGAAUCCUGAAUUUUUGCUGUUCCUCACAGACAUCACAGUGGACAAGUUGCUCGCACAAUUGCGGAAACUAAAUACGAAAUGCAAUUUAUUCCUAAUUAGCUCGAGCGACGAGAGUCUGAUGGAAUAUUCCGAUUCCCCAGACGACUUCGCCACCAUUCACGCUACUUUUUUAACGAAACUUGCACACAGAUCGUCUCUGAUCUUUUCUCUGCGUCCGUUGCGCACUGGAAGGGCCGAGGACGUGACCGGAGAGCUGACAAUUGGCAGAGGCCUGAUCGGCUCGCCUAAAAAGAUUGUCGAACGAGAAUACCUCUAUCUGAUCAAUAAGGAAGGGACCGUGAAGCUUUUCUAUAGAUAA